AUGCCGCUUCCCGACGGGGGGCGCAGCCCGGGGGGCUGCACCAACUGCACCUUCGAGUUCGACGACGGCCUACGCGCCCCCAGGUACGGGCUGCCGUGUGGAGAGACCCCGGGCUGCGCUGGCGCCACUCCGUGGGAGCUCCCAGGACCCCCAGCCCCGGAUCCCCGCGCCCAGGACUCCUUCUCCCCAGAACAGAGGGAGCACCGCGUGUUCUCCCAGCCCUGGCGGAGGGGCCGAGGUGCUGCCUGUGACCUGGGGGUGGCUCCUGCAGUAGCAGCUCGGAAGACACAGGUCCAGGUGGAGUUCUACGUGAAUGAGAACACCUUCAAGGAGCGCCUGAAGCUGUUCUUCAUCAAAAACCAAAGAUCCAGCCUCCGGAUCCGGCUGUUCAACUUCUCGCUCAAGCUGCUAACCUGCCUGCUCUACAUUGUCCGGGUCUUGCUGGACAACCCGGCCCUGGGCAUCGGAUGCUGGGGCUGCCCCAAGCAAAACUACACCUUCAAUGCCUCAUCCUCCGAGAUCAACUGGGCCCCCAUCCUGUGGGUGGAGAGGAAGUUGGAACUGUGGGUGACCCAGGUCAUCGUGGCGACCAUUAGUUUCCUGGAGACGAUGCUGCUCAUUUACCUCAGCUACAAGGGCAACAUCUGGGAGCAGAUCUUCCGCGUGUCCUUCGUCCUGGAGAUGAUCAACACGCUGCCCUUCAUCAUCACGGUCUUCUGGUCGCCGCUGAGGAACCUGUUCAUCCCUGUGUUCCUCAACUGCUGGCUGGCCAAGCAUGCGCUGGAGAACAUGAUCAACGACUUCCACCGCGCCAUCCUGCGGACGCAGUCGGCCAUGUUCAACCAGGUCCUCAUUCUUUUCUGCACCCUGCUCUGCCUGGUCUUCACAGGGACCUGUGGCAUCCAGCACCUGGAGCGCGCUGGCGAGAACCUGGACCUGCUCACCUCCUUCUACUUCUGCAUCGUCACCUUCUCCACGGUGGGCUACGGCGACGUCACGCCCAAGAUCUGGCCGUCACAGCUGCUGGUGGUCAUCAUGAUUUGUGUCGCCCUCGUGGUGCUUCCACUGCAGUUCGAGGAGCUCGUCUUCCUCUGGGUGGAACGGCAGAAGUCAGGGGGCAACUAUAGCCGCCACCGGGCGCAGACGGAGAAGCACGUGGUCCUGUGCGUGAGCUCCCUCAAGGUCGACCUCCUCAUGGACUUUCUGAACGAGUUCUACGCCCACCCCCGGCUGCAGGACUACUACGUGGUCAUCCUGUGCCCCACCGAGAUGGACGUCCAGGUGCGCAGGGUCCUGCAGAUCCCCCUGUGGUCCCAGCGGGUCAUCUACCUGCAGGGCUCCGCUCUCAAGGACCAAGACCUCAUGCGGGCCAAGAUGGACAACGGGGAAGCCUGCUUCAUCCUCAGUAGCCGGAACGAGGUGGACCGCACGGCCGCGGACCACCAGACCAUCCUGCGGGCCUGGGCUGUGAAGGACUUCGCCCCCAACUGCCCCUUGUACGUGCAGAUCCUCAAGCCCGAGAACAAGUUCCACGUUAAGUUCGCAGACCACGUGGUGUGUGAGGAGGAGUGCAAGUACGCCAUGCUGGCCCUGAACUGCGUCUGCCCAGCCACCUCCACACUCAUCACCCUGCUGGUGCACACAUCCCGUGGCCAGGAAGGACAGGAGUCCCCGGAGCAGUGGCAGCGCAUGUACGGGCGCUGCUCGGGCAACGAGGUCUACCACAUCCGCAUGGGCGACAGCAAGUUCUUCCGCGAGUACGAGGGCAAGAGUUUCACCUACGCGGCCUUCCACUCCCACAAGAAGUAUGGCGUGUGCCUCAUUGGGCUGAAGCUCGAGGACAACAAGAGCAUCCUGCUGAACCCGGGCCCGCGGCACAUCCUGGCUGCCUCAGACACCUGCUUCUACAUCAACAUCACCAAGGAGGAGAACUCGGCCUUCAUCUUCAAGCAGGAGGAGAGGCAGAAGCAGCGUGGCCAGGCACUGUCCCAGGGGCCCGCGCGGCUGCCAGUGCACAGCAUCAUCGCUUCCAUGGGGACUGUGGCCAUGGACCUGCAGCACACCGAGUGCCGGCCCACGCAGGGCAGCGGGGGCAGCAAGCUGACGCUGCCCACGGAGAAUGGCUCGGGCAGCCGGCGCCCCAGCAUCGCGCCCGUCCUGGAGCUGGCGGACAGCUCAGCACUGCUGCCCUGCGACCUGCUGAGUGACCAGUCAGAGGACGAGGCGACGCCCUCUGAGGAUGAGGGUCUCUCCACGGUGGAAUACGUGAAGGGUUACCCACCCAACUCACCCUACAUCGGCAGCUCCCCCACCCUGUGCCACCUCCUGCCCGUGAAGGCCCCGUUCUGCUGCCUGCGCCUGGACAAGGGCUGCAAGCACAAUAGCUACGAGGAUGCCAAGGCCUAUGGGUUCAAGAACAAGCUCAUCAUCGUGUCGGCAGAGACAGCUGGCAACGGGCUGUACAACUUCAUUGUGCCGCUUCGGGCCUACUACAGGCCCCGCAAAGAGCUCAACCCCAUUGUGCUGCUGCUGGACAACAGGCCUGACCACCACUUCCUGGAGGCCAUCUGCUGCUUCCCUAUGGUCUACUACAUGGAGGGCUCAGUGGACAACCUGGACAGCCUGCUGCAGUGCGGCAUCAUCUAUGCUGACAACCUGGUGGUGGUGGACAAGGAGAGCACCAUGAGUGCCGAGGAGGACUACAUGGCCGACGCCAAAACCAUCGUCAACGUGCAGACCAUGUUCCGGCUCUUCCCCAGCCUCAGCAUCACCACGGAGCUCACGCACCCCUCCAACAUGCGCUUCAUGCAGUUCCGUGCCAAGGACAGCUACUCGCUGGCACUCUCCAAGCUGGAGAAGCGUGAGCGCGAGAACGGCUCCAACCUGGCCUUCAUGUUCCGCCUGCCGUUCGCCGCCGGCCGCGUGUUCAGCAUCAGCAUGCUCGACACGCUGCUCUACCAGUCCUUCGUGAAGGACUACAUGAUCACCAUCACCCGCCUGCUGCUGGGCCUCGACACCACGCCCGGCUCCGGCUACCUCUGUGCGAUGAAGGUCACGGAGGACGACCUGUGGAUCCGCACCUACGGCCGCCUCUUCCAGAAGCUCUGCUCCUCCAGCGCUGAGAUCCCCAUUGGCAUCUACAGGACCGAGUGCCAUGUCUUCUCCUCUGAGCCCCAGGACCUCCGAGCCCAGUCGCAGGUGUUGGUGAACAUGGAAGAGUGUGAAGACACGCGAGAGGCCAAGGGACCCUGGGGUGCACGGGCUGGGUCCGGCAGGGGCAGUGCCCAUGGCCGCCACACUGGCAGCAGCGAUCCAGCCCAGCACCCUCUGCUGCGGCGCAAGAGCCUGCAGUGGGCCCGGAAGCUGAGCCGUAAGGGCUCCAGGCCCUCGGGGAAGGCACCCACAGCCGAGUGGGCCGGCCAGCAGCGGCUCAGUCUGUGCCGGCGCUCUGAGCGCCAGGAGCUCUCCGAACUAGUCAAGAACCGCAUGAAGCACCUGGGGCUGCCCACCAUCGGCUAUGAUGAGAUGAAUGAUCAGCAGAACACCCUCUCCUAUGUCCUCAUCAACCCCCCGCCUGACACGCGGCUGGAGCCCAACGACAUUGUGUACCUCAUCCGCUCUGACCCCCUGGCCCACAUGGCCAGUAGUUCCCCGGGCCACAAGAGCAGCUGCAGCCACAAACUGUCGUCCUGCAACCCUGAGACCCGCGAUGAGACCCAGCUCUGAGACCCGGACCUGGGCUUCUGCGGGCUGCUGCAAAGACUUGGGAGGGAGCAGCCCUGCCUGCUCCAGCCAUGGGCGCUUGCUCAUGGUGGCUCCCGGGAUGUGAGUGCAGGGGCCUCCGCACCGCCCUGGAAGCUGGCGAGAAGCAUUUUCUAACCUGUUUUUACAAAACUGUUUUUGACCUGUGUCUCUUCACAGCUGUACCGCAACUCGUGACCAGGACCCAGCAAAGGGGAAGGGUUGGUGGCUAGGAGGGGACAGGUGGGGACUCGACACUGAGUCCUUUGUUCUGCAUGGCCACAACUGGGUUCUCCUGGAGGACAGGAGACUGGGAAGGGAAGGGCACCCUGGGGACCUGGUGCAGGAGCCCCACGACCCACCCAGGAGCCGCCCAUCAUGACAGUGCCCUCAAGGCUAUUAUGGGGCUUGGGCGCGGGUCUGUGGACAGCCCUGAGCCAGCGAGGGCGCCCUCUGCUGGCACAGAAGUCACAGGCUGGAGACUUCCUGGCAGGUUCCUGGCCUGCCCUACUCUCCUCUAAAGCAAAGCCUUGUUUCUAACACCUGACACGAGAAGCACAAUUAGCCCCGGAUGCAGGCUGCUGUCCGCAGCCUCCACAGGCUCCUCCAGGGCAGAGGCUGCGGG